UAGCCAGCUCUGCCCUGGGCACCAUGUGGAAUUAGUCGAGGUGUAUGAAAGUUGGUUCGGACACUGUAGUUACUAAAAAAAGAAAAAGAUGUUCUUUGUGCUUUCCAUUUGUCUGUCUUGGUGGAUAGAGUUACCGGAACUUCUGCUGGUGGGAGGUAGUAGGUACCACGUGGAAUUAGUUGAGUUACAGGUAAGGAAAAAAGGAUUUAUAUCAAGAUCUUCUCGAAUUAGCUGUACGACGAACGAAGUAACUGGUAGAUAUUCAGAAGGACACAGUGAAGACAAUUCAAAUGAAAUAUCGAAUCGAUACCUUUCUUUUAGGGGAUUCUUCAGGACAGCACAUGGUUCUUCCAAAUUGUUCUUGGGAUGUCAAAAUUUCUCUUCUCUGGUUGGCACAAAGAGCGGUAUUGAGAUAGACAGUGACUUGGACGAUGGGUUCUCAGAGCUCGAGGGUCCUACUGUAACCGGGGGGAUGCUAGAGACAAAUGUGGAGACUGAGCUCUUUGUAGAUGAUGUUGAUGGCGAAGAUGUGGAAAUGCCUCACGACAAACUAGAGUUGUCUGAUAGUGAGUCUGAUGCUAGAAAAGCACAAGUGCCCGAGGAAUUGUUAAAAGCUAUUACAACUGCACCGGUUCGAUCUCUUAAUAAAGUUAUGGUUAAUUGGGUUGAAAAGGGAAAUGAUUUGACAAGAGCAGAUAUAACAAUUAUCAUGUUUUAUCUUUGUAAACGACACAUGUAUUGGAGGGCAUUGCAGUUCUCUGAGUGGUUGGAGUUGAAAAAGCAACUUAUAUUUACUGAUAGAGAUUAUGCUUCUCAUGUUGAUUUAAUCGCCAAAGUCCAUAGCGUACAAAAGGCAGAAAGUUAUAUCGAGAAGCUACCGAAGUCUUUCAGAUCUGAAGCUGUUUAUCGAAGUCUAUUGGGCCAUUGUGCUUCUAAAGGUUACACGAAGAAAGCUGAAGAGAUAUUUAACAAAAUGAGGGACCUUGGAUUCCCAGUCACAAGCUUUGCUUGCGGUCACUUGCUCACUCUAUAUAAGCAGACUGAUAAAAAGAAGAUUGCGGAUGUUCUCUUGCUAAUGGAAAAAGAAAACAUACAGCCAACUGAGUUCACUUACCGAAUACGUAUAGAUGCUUAGGGUCAAUCUAAUGAUAUUGCUGGAAUGGAGCAAAUUUUUGAGACCAUGAAGGCUGACGGUAUGGAACCUAAAAUGAUUACAAAAAGCAACAUGGCGAAGCAUUAUAUCUUUGCUGGACUUGUAGAAAAGGCUGAGAAUGUACUCAAACAAAUGGAAGGAGAGAUGCAUUUAGCCUGUUGAUAUUUGCUUCCUCAUUAUGCAGCUCUUAAAAAGGCUGAUGAUGUGCGCAGAAUCUGGCAACUAUGUGAGCCUAAUGCAUGGAUAGUUGAGUGCAUGGCCGCUAUUGAAGCUUUUGGAAACCUGCAUAAAAUCGAGGAAGCAGAAGCUGUCUUCGAUAAGAUGUCAAAAGAAGGAAAAAACAUUACAUCGAAACAUUAUUAUCCUCUACUGAGAAUCUAUGCAAGUCAUAACAUGUUCGCGAAAGGAAAAGAUCUCGUUAAGAGGAUGUCAGAGCGCGGCUGCGCUGUCGGGCCAUUAGCUUGGGAUGGCCUUAUAAGACUUUAUAUUAAAGCAGGAGAAGUAGAGAAAGCAGACUCUUAUCUUGCAAAAAGCUGCAGAACGCAGAUUCGUGAAACCAAAAGUUGUUUCUUAUUUUGCUAUGAUGGAAGAAUAUUCAAAGAGGGGCGACGUUCAUAAUUCCGAGAAGAUAUUUUACCAAAUGAGACAAGCUGGAUAUGUCUGUCGAAUUCGCCAGUUCCAACUUCUUAUUCAAGCCUAUAUCAAUGCCAAAGCUCCUUGUUAUGGAAUUGCUGAGAGAAUGAAAGCUGACGAUGUAUUUCCAAAUAGAACAUUGGCAAACAUGUUGUCUAAAUCUGAUCCAUUUAGGAAGACAGAAACAUCUGAGUUGUUGUUGUAUUGAUGAUAUCUUUUUUCUUGAAGCAAAAGUAGCUCUUGCUUCUCUUUUGUAAUUAUCAAAUUAUGCCUUACUUGCAUGAUGAACACUCCUGACAGAUAUCAUCAAUUUCCUCUCUUUAACUUGUUUUACCA